AUGUUUAAUGAAGAACUAGGUGUCAUAGAUUAUGAAGUAGAAAGUGAUGAAUCAAUUUAAAUGAUUGAUGAUCCUUAGGAUAAUGUUAUUCCAACUCCAAUAUAAGAAUAAAAAUAAAUAACAUAGUAGAUUAUAUAAUAAACAUAACAAUAAUUAAAUAUAGAAAAUACAGAAACUAUUGAAAGACAAUAACUUGAAGAAGAAUAAAUGUUACGUAGACCUUAUGCAUUAAGAUGGAAAAAGAAAUCAAUUAAGAAAUUAGAAAAAAUUACAUCUAAAUUAACUAAUUAAGAUUUAGAUGAAAUUAAAGAUGUUUUAACCAAAAAGAUAGCAAUGUCUGAAUCUAAAAUUAAUAAUAGCAAUUAUAAUAAUAAUAAUCAUAAUAAUGAUGUUAUUAUUUCUGGUUCAAUUGUAAAGAAUCCAUAAACAACACUUAAUUAAGUUCAAAAAUAAAAAUAAUUUUAAGUCCUUGUUGAACAUUUUGCAAAUAAACCUGAUUUUUUAGAAGCUAUUAUUGCUUAAGAUUUGGAAUAAGAAAAUGCAAAUUAGGAUGGAGGAAUACUCAAAAAACCAAUGAUAGUACCUCCAAAAGCAGGAUUAAAGAAAUAAUAAGGUAGAAAAAAAGCAAAUGUAACUUUUGAAGAUUAAUCAUAACCACCAAAUGGAGGAAUUUAAUUUAUUAAAACUAGUGUUUUACCUUAAAAGUAACCUCCUCCACCUUAACCUCAAUAAUAAAUUCAAAAUAUACUCUCUAAAUUUUAAGAAAUUAGAGAAAAAUCAGUUGCUCCAAUUUAAUCUUAAUAAACAACUACAAUUUAAGAAUCUUCUGAUAUGCCUUUAGGUACAGGAGCUUGGUAUCCUAAUAAAUAAGAUAGAAAGAGUCAACCAUUUAUACCACCUCAUUCUGGAUCAAAUCCUAAAAUGUUACCUACAAUUAAUUCAGUUUAAAUGAUCUCAUAAUCUUAGGCUGCUUAAUAGUCUUUAAAUCAUAAAUUUCUUGGAAUGAAUCAAAAUUAAUCAAGAAUUAGCAAUAGUCCUUCUAGAGUAAGAGAUAUGAUUACAUAAUAAUAUACUUCUUCAUAUUAAGUUGAUAGACCUCCCAUUAUGCCAAGUAGAUAAUAACCUGUUUUUUAAUAAUAAAUAUUAGAAAAGAAUAUCAAUUAUGAAUUACAUCAAGCAAAGAAAAAUAAGGAAUAAUUGAGUAGUCAUUAAUAAUCUUAACUUAGAGAAUCUUAAAUCAAAUUAUAGGCAAAAAUAUAAGAAAGUGUUAAAAGAUAAAGUGUUGUUUAACCAACUAUAGAGGAAAAUGAUUCUGAUUUUAUGGAUGAUGUUAUGGAUAGUUAAGCAUUUAUAGAUUUUAAGAGAGCUGGCAAUUUAAUUUGUGGAUCAUAAUAAUAAACAUAAUAAUAAUACUGGUAGGAAAUUAAUUUUAAUACAGAUAUUCCAAAAGAUUAUUAUAUGAAUGAAAAGUUUAGAGUAGAUUUGGAAUAAGAGAUUGAAACAAGUGAUCCUUAUGAAUUAUUUAAAUUGUAUUUUGAUUAAAGCAUUUUCAAAUACAUAUGUCUAAUAUCAAAUAAACGUUAAUGUAUUAGAAUUGAUGAAGAUAUAUUGGAAUCAUUUAUCUCAGCCUUAAUAUACAUUUUUUAUAUCUAAUUAUUGGGUAUGAGAGAAAUAAAAAGAGUUAGAUUUGAUCAUAUACUUGAUUAUGUAACAUUUGGUCAUAUAUGUAAAGAAAUUCGUAUUGAUGAAUUAGAAGAUUAUUCAUUUAUUUUUGAAAAAAUAAGUAAGAAUUUUAAAAGUCAUUAUUAACCAGAAGAAUUCUUAACACUUGACUCUCCUAUUUUCUAUUAAAAUCAUAGUGUGGAAGGUCUUAUAUCACUUUCUGAUGGAAUGAAAGGAUAUGUAUUAGAUUUUAUUUAUGGAAUAAAAGAUUAAAAGAUUCUUCAUAGUUUAUAAAAUUAUUAAGGAAAACAUCAUAAAUUGUAUUUAGGACCUGAAGUAUCAUCUUUAAAUUUGAUCAGUCAAUUGAAAAAGAAAUAAUUUGGUUCAUUGGCAAAAGUAGUAGACAAAUAGGUAUUUAUUUAUUAUAUUUAGACCCUACUUACAUAAGAUUAGAUAUAAGAUGUAAAAUAAAAUGCAUAAAAAGGUUAAAGCACUUAAUAUUUAUCAUCUGAUAAUUAGACAAUAUUACUUAUUUAUGCAGAAAGACAAUAACAUUUAUAAUAAGUAGAAGGAUUUGUAUCCUCAUUUGCUGAUUUCACUAGACUAAAACCUCAAGAUACUAAAAUUAAGAGUGAUAUCAAUAAACCUAUUAUUUUAUAUCUUUAUGAUAAAAUUAAGACAUAAUAUGAUAAACGAGGUAAAACUUAUUAAUAUUCAUAAAUACCUCAUUAAAAUGGCAAUUAACAUUUAGAAAUAUUAGUUUAAUUAGUUUAUUCUAGUAUUUAUAAUGCUAAUAUAUUAAAUAAAAUUAAAAAUUAAUCAGCUUCAUUGACACCAGAUAAAGCUAAAUAAAUGUAUCUAGAUUUUGUUAAGCAAUUAUUACAUUAACUCUAUGUACGUAGUUUGAAAAGAAGAGGUAUUAAUUAGUUUCCAUAGAAUCACACUUUGGAAUCAGGAGACACUGGUACUUUUAGUUGUAUUGAAUGUGGAGAAUCUAGUUAAACUAUUUGUAGAGAAUGUUCAAAUCAUUUCUAAAUGUUAAUUCCUGUCUGUAGAACUAAAAAUGAAUAAUGUUUAAAAUCACACAUAGAAAUGUUAUUAAAUCAACCAAAAAUUACAAAUACAAAUAGAAAACUUACAAAUAAAUAAGCUAUUGUUAAAUUUGAAUUUUAUCGUUCUUAAAUUGAAGCGUCUAAGGAUUCCAAUGCAUAAUCUGCUUUACCAGUUAUUGAAGAUACUCUAUAAUAAUUGGAUAGUUUGGAUCCUGAUGAAGAAUUAUCUAUUGGAAUCCAAACUUUAUUAGUUUCAUUGUCAGAUUUAAUAUCAAAAAUGUUUCAAUAACCUAACGUAUUAGUCCCACAGAAAACUCAAUAAAAUAGAUAAGAUGUCUACACAUUGAAUUAAAUAGAUCCACCAAUAAAAUCAGCAUAACAAUUAUAAAAAUCAAUCUCUUAAGUUUAUUAAAAUUAAUAAGAAGUUAUUCAUAGUUCUUAAAUUGUUCCUUAAAUGAUUAAAACAAAAAUUGGAGAAUAAAUGAAUAUAGAAUCUUCUAUUCAAAAAUUAUAAGCUAGAGUUGCCAGAAUCAAUAAAUGA